AUGGCCGGGCAGGCUGUGGAUGGAGAUGGCUGCCAUCACCGGCUCAUCGAAACCUUGGAAGAAGGUUUCACCUCAGAGGAGUCAAGUGCGAUACCCUCGCCGAUGCCCGGAAACGGUCUCUCGCGCCGCUUUCAGAGGCGACCUCAGGCCAACAGUUGGCAAAGCGAUGAUCCGUCGAUGGAGGACCAGACCGCGGGUGCUUGGGAGAUCGGCCGCACAAGGUUCUCCUCCUUCGGCGGCUCCCCCAUGGAGCUGCGCUGGGAGGCCCUCUCCAUGCGCUCUUGGCAGGUAGUGCGAAAGCACCAAGAGGCAGUACAGAUCUUGACGAACGUCAGCGGAUGCGCAAGAUCCGGCAAGCUGACCUGCAUUUUGGGCCCGAGCGGCGCUGGGAAGAGUACUCUGCUCAACGUUCUGGCGGGACGCCAGAGCGGUGGACAGCGACACAGGAUUGGCAUCACCGGGAAGGUCUGGGUGUCGGGACAGCGCGUCGACCCGCGGGCCGUGCGAUCUCGGAUUGCGUAUGUCAUGCAGAAGGAUGAGAUGUUUGCGACAUCUACACCGCAAGAGGCUUUGAGCUUUUCCGCCUCGCUGCGGCUCUCUGGCCCCAGGGAGGACCGGAAAGAGCUCAUCUCGGAGCUCCUGGGCUCCUUGGGUCUUCUGGGCUGCGCCAACACGUACAUCGGCAAUGCCGUCAUCAACGGCCUCUCCGGUGGCCAGCGCAAGCGGACGGCCAUUGGCGUGGAACUUAUAACUCGUCCGGACAUUGUCUGCCUCGAUGAGCCGUUCGGGGACUAG